AUGUAUCAACCUCUUCUUCUCCUCCCUCUCCUCCUCACCUCGGCCUUUGCCACCCCCCAUGAUCCCACCACCCACCAGGCCCUCGACAAGCGCGCCUCCUUCCCCAUCCCCUCCUCCAAGGGCAGCGUGACCUACUCCUCCCCCAAGUCCGUCAGCGGCACCUUCGACGGCGGCCUGAAGACCUACGGCCGUGGUGUCAAGUGCAGCGGCCAGAAGGAAGGUGGCGACAAGGACGCCGUCUUCAUCCUCGAGGACGGCGCCACCCUCAAGAACGCCAUUAUCGGCGCCGACCAGAUCGAGGGUGUCCACUGCAAGGGCUCCUGCACCAUCCAGAACGUCUGGUGGACUGACGUCUGCGAGGAUGCCCUCUCCCUAAAGGGCAGCGGCAGCGGCACCCACCGCAUCAUCGGCGGCGGCGCCCGCAACGCCGACGACAAGGUCAUCCAGCACAACUCCGGCGGCAAGGUGACCAUCCAGGACUUCACCGUGCAGAACUUCGGCAAGCUGUACCGCGCCUGCGGCAACUGCAGCAAGCAGUUCAAGCGCACCGUCGAGAUCAGCGGCGUCAAGGCCUCCAGCGGCAAGUCCCUCGUCGGCAUCAACUCCAACUAUGGCGAUACUGCGACUAUCUCUGGCUGUGCUAGCAGCGUCAAGGAGAUCUGUGUUGAGUAUGAGGGUACCGACAACAAUGACAAGGAGCCUAAGAAGAAGGGUUCCGGCCCUAGCAACGCUUGCAAGUACAAGGAGCCUUUGUCUAAGUGCUAA